AUGGUUUACGCGUAUCCUCGAGUCUCAAUUGAAUUUUGUACUCAGUGCAAAUGGAAUCUUAGAGCAGCUUGGUAUAUGCAGGAACUUCUUUCCACAUUUGGCAAUGGUCUAGGUGAAGUUGCUUUGCUUCCUUCAUCAGCUGGAACCUUCAUUGUCACUAUCAUCCCAGAACAAGAUGCUACUCCCAUUGUCCUAUGGAACAGAAAAGACAAGGGCGGAUUUCCUGAUUCAAAAGAACUAAAGCAGCUAGUGAGAGAUGUUAUUCAGCCAAACAGAGAUCUGGGGCAUGUUGACAAACACAACAAGAAUGAGAAAAAGACCCCCACUCAGGAACCACAUAUAGAAUCUAAAGCUGACCAAGAAGAUGAUGAUGCCUGCCCCAACAUUAACUAA